AGAGCACGGAGUAAGGGAGCCUCGGGACCCAGGCGUCCGGGCCUCCCAUCCUCCACCACCUCCCUCCCUACCCCCACCCCGUCCCCUACUCUCCCCACCCUGAUCCCCCAACUCCACAGAGGACCCUAUAGGCCAGUGACUCCUAAAUCUCUUCUGGAGGACCCCGGGCGGUCGCGAAGGGGCGGAGUACAGGCAGGUCUGGCCUGAGAGGGCGGGGCCUGGGGUCUCAAGCCUUGCGGCCGCACCCGAGUAGAUGCUUUGCACUCCAGCGGCCCUGAUUCCACCUGGUGAGAUGCCCCCCAACCUUCCUCGGGGGAGAGGGCGUCCUAUUUUUUUCCCUGGCCCUAACCCCCCACCCACUCCCUGUGCCCUCAGAGACCUAGGAGUUCAGACCCACAGCCCCCCACCCGGAGCCUAGCAUCAGGGCCCUCAGCUACCCCAUCCCUUCAAGGACCGGGGCAUACUGGUCCCUAACUCCCAUCCAUUCUCGACUCCCUCUUUACCAACGAACCAGGCGUUCCCAGCUCCCAGCUCGCAAAUUUUCUGCUGCUCCUUUUCCCAAACUCUAUUUCCCUCAGGGACUUUCUCCUUCCCCUAAACUCUAUUUCCCUCGGGGACCUAGACGUUCUGGACCCCAGGGGGCCAAAAGAGUUUCUUACCCUUCCACGUGAAUAAUGCCUUUCUGCCCUGGCCCUCUAAUCUGACCCUCUGCUCGCUCCGGGAGGCCCCCACCCCCCGCCUUUCAGACCAGCUCCUCUCCGCCCCCUUCCUGGCCAUGACCCUCGUUGCCUCGGCCCAGUGUUCCCAGCUCAUCCGCUCCAAGUUCCGCUCCGUCCUCCAGCUCCGGAUCCAUCGGAGAUCCCAGGACCAGCGUGAGAGUGGGCAGAAGCCUGACCAGACCUCUACUGGGACCCAGGCCUCUAGUCACUCAGCCCUUCUCCCCACUAAUGGAUCCAGGGGUCCCCAGCGCCUGCCCCCAGCUCCUGCCCCCUGGGGAACACUUUCUCUCACCCAGCCUUUUCCAUCUAGGGAUUCAGACCCCUGGAUCUCGGCCCCAGCCCCCGACCAAGCCUCCAUCACCACUUUCUCCCCUUUGUCCUGUGACUCUGGGGUCACCAAACCCAGUCCAACAACCCUCCCCUUUUCUGGGGUGUCAUUGAAGAAGGCCAAGGGAGACGGUCACCAGAGGGAGACCAGGCCCAGGUUGAAACCACUCAAGUACCACGCAUACGUGCCCCCAGAGCACCGUGCAGGGCCAGGGCCAGGGGCAGGAGCACCGGCCCAGGGAAGCCUCCCCCGGGAGGAUGGGCAGCCUUCAGGGCACAAGCAGGACCUGCCUUUGCCCAGGGCUUGGGGGUCGAGACCAGGACUCCAGGACAGUCCUGCACCCCUGGAGGUCUCCCCACCGGUGGCCCCUAAACCCAAGUUAGAGCUUCAGACCCUUCGACUGGAGGAGCUGACGGUCUCGGAGCUCCGUCAGCAGCUCCGCCUGCGGGGCCUCCCCGUGUCGGGGCCAAAACCGGCCCUGCUGGAGCGGCUGCGGGGAGCUGGGGCCCGGGACAGGCAGACCCCGCUGCAGCGGCCGGUGCGGAGCCCCGGGGUCCGCUCCCGUGCCAGCCCAAGUUCUAGCUCGAAGCCCAGGUCUCGGCCGCGACCCCGGACCGAGCCCCAGGCCCCUCCUAGAACAGCUGGAAAGUCCCCCUGGCCCCGCCCUGCUGCCCCCGAGGCCCCGCCUGCUCCUCCCGCCCCGCCCCGAAUCCUGUCCUUGGAAGAGGAGCUUCAGGAGGCCAUCCGCAGGGCUCAGCUCAUCCCCCAUCACUCCAUUCAGGACAUUCUGGACGAGCCUCUGGAGCCGCCGGCAGAAGCUCUGCCCCCACCCCCGCUGGAUUUCCCAGGCUCCUUCGACUUGCUGUCUCCAUCCCCGCCCCCCGGCUCCGAGGGCCUGUCCUCUGUCUUCUCCUCCUGGCCUCCAUCCCCUGCCAGCUCUCCAUCGCCGGAACCGGGGCGUCCCCUGGAGGCAGCCGAUUGGCUGGAGGCUCUGACCGGAAGCCCAGCUCUGGACGGCUCCGGCCCGACCCCUAGCAUCUUCUGCACCGACUUCGCAGAGCCCGGGACCAGCAGACUGUGGGAUUUGGGGGCAGAGGAAUGGUGAUGGGAGCCUGCAGGAGAUGGGCCCUGCCGGGAACAGACACCCAGCAGACAGGGACACUUACGGGUCAUGAGCCACAGAAGACGGCCACACGCAUCCUGACAGAAACUCACAAACACACAGACACACUCACAGACACACACAAUCGUGGCAGAGUGGAACAGAAACCAGCACAGAGAAAAAGCCAUUCCCGCAGAGAGAAACACAGAAAAACCUGCCGAGGAGCAGAGACUGCAGAGGGGGACAGGGAAUGAGGGAGGGGAAAUGAGAGGGAAACAGAGGCAGGGCCACUGACAGAGGCAGGGCUGUUCUUCCACAGGGACCCUGACUAAUGGAGAGAAGGACCUUAAAUUGAGCUCAAAUCUGCAAACCCUGACCACACUAAGAGUCUGGGACCAGACAGGCCCGGGGCCAGCUGAGUGAUGUUGAGGAAGCCCCCACCCCAAUCUUCUUAGCAGACUAUAUAGACCCCUCAAACAUUCAUGUAUUCUCCUCUAAAAUGUGAGGGCCAGUCUGGUCAAUUUUCUGCACCUGGCCUGCCUGGGGGGUGAUGAUUGUAGACUGGAUUGUGGACUACUCUUAGGGAAAGUCCUUAAUCUCUCUGGUCCUCAGUUUCCCCAUCUUUAAAAUGAGGGAGUUGGAAUCCCUUUAAAAUGAAGGAGAUAGAUUCUAAGCCCCCCUUUGCCUUUCAGAAUCUGUGGUUUCUAGACUCACUUUGUGAUUUGGGGUGUCAUCUUUCUCUGGGCCUCAGUAAAAGGAGGAGUCAAGGUUAGAGGGCUCCUGCUUUUCAGAAGCUUCAAUCUUCACUGAGGACGGUGAGGCUAUACAGAGACUCAUGAACAAAGGCCAGGCUCUCAGCCUCCUGGUGUGUGGGACUAUACCCCUGCCCAUCCUGCCUCUAAUCACAACCCCAAUUCAAUUGAAUGCAGUUGGCAUUUAAUAAGGGCAAAACCCUGUGGUGAAGGGCUGAGGAGCCACAAAGUUUAGGGUCUCUGCCCUCAGGGAGCUCACUAGCACCCAUCCUGAAUCAGCCAGAAUAGGAAGGCCCUAGAGAUUAUUGUGCUGAAGCCAUACUUGAACAAUAAGCCCCUCUGCAACCUACCUACCAAGGGGGCAUCUGGCCCAUCUGAAGAGCCCAGGGAUGGGAGUUCUCCAUCUCCCAAGGCACUUAGGACACACCCUGAGACAGCAAGGAAGGUUUUGAGGUUUUCUCUGUCUCCAGUGCUCAGUACCAGAGAGUCCAUCCGACAAUGUAGGAACUGAAUUGGUGGACUGAAUGAAUACCAAUCCAAUGGGUG